AUUUGUCCUUGUGUAUACCUUGCCUUUUAAGCACACUCAUUUUCUACCCUUAUUUUCUUUUCUUCUUCACUUCUGGACUCUCUAGCUAGCACCUCUCUCUAUUCUCUCCCUAAGUGACUCCUACUUCAUAAUCAGAGGGCAUGCCUGAAUGUCCAGAGAAAGGGAGAGAUUUGAUGAGAUAGGGAAGAAGAUCAAGAGGGAAGGAGAUGUUUCAUCUCAAAUGGGAAGAAGACACAUGUUAGGCCCUCCAGGAACCCUAAAUACUAUCACCCCUUGUGCGGCAUGUAAGUUGUUGAGAAGAAGAUGUGCCCAAGAAUGUCCCUUUUCUCCAUAUUUCUCUCCCCAUGAGCCCCAAAAAUUUGCUUCUGUCCACAAAGUUUUUGGUGCCAGCAACGUCUCAAAGAUGCUCAUGGAAGUACCAGAGUGUCAAAGAGCUGAUGCAGCAAAUAGUCUAGUAUAUGAGGCUAAUGUGAGGCUAAGAGAUCCUGUGUAUGGAUGCAUGGGUGCAAUUUCUGCUUUGCAACAGCAAGUUCAAUCUUUACAAGCUGAACUUAAUGCAGUGAGAGGUGAAAUACUUAAAUACAAACUCAGGGAAGCUAACAUGAUACCCUCCUCUCAUGUUGCAAUGCUCCCUUCAUCUGGGGCUGUUUCAAUUGCUGCUCCACCGCCGCCGCCGCCACCACCACCACCUCUUCCUCCUCCUUCUCUUCCUCUUCCUCUUCCUCUAACUUCUUCCCCUCCUUCCAUGUACAUCCAACAAAGGGAUCCCACCACUUAUACCACAAUUUCAAGUGAUAAUAUCUCCUAUUUUGUCUAAAUUUGCAGCCUAAAAACAAUUAUUCCAUUUAUUUCUCUCUUAAGAUGCAUCAAGGUGGAAUAAAGUAAAGAAAAGGAGAGUAUUGAUACUGAAUGUUGUUAUGCCCCGGCUGUAUGCUUUUAUUAUUAUUAUUAUUAUUAUCUUAAUUCAUAUGAUUAAUAUUCCCAAAA